AAGCGUAAGCUUUAGAGACACAGCCUGUGUGUUUUUGUGACGUCACUAGUUGAGCUUGCUAUUUCUGAGUAGGCAGGAAAAACAAGUUUGCAGGCGUUCUCCUCUGUCUUUCUACCCUCUCAACAACACGUCUCAGUUCCGCAGUUUUUACCACUGGGGCUUCUACAAGGCAGCGGAGGGCCCUGAUUCACAUUUGACUCUUUUUCUACAACAGCACACAAGACAACUGGACAACUUUCAAAGACUUGGUGAAGACAUCGCACCCCAUGGAACAGAUACAAUUGCAGAUAACGAGUGAGGAUGAUCCAAACCAAGGGUGUGUUUCUCCUAUGGAAGAAGACAACUUGCCGCAUACAAACAGGAACACUUUGAGCUUACCACUGUCCAUGUUGGAUGAGAGACAGGAGCAUCUGCGAGCAGACAAAGAGAGUGAGAGCUCCAUUGUGACAGAUCAAGCUGAUGGAAUAGAGCGGUUGACUCUUAACUCCAGUCCAGGCCCAUCUUUAAAUAAACCCAUCCAGUCAUAUCUACAUGAAGUCUUGCCAGACCUGCUCAGGAGUGGGAGUCCACUCCGCAGACGAGUGUCCAGUCCUGUGUCAGACACGUUGAAGCAGAUGCGUCGGGAGGUGGAGCUCUCCCGACGUAGGAGUCUGAAGAUAAAGGCCCAAGUGGAUAGACUGCAAGAACAGAGUCAGGAUGGCCUGGCCUGGAGUCAGCAGAGAGAACGGGUAGCGGAGGAGAUUCAGUCUAUAGUGAAGCUGCUGUUGCCUCUGACUGAUCUGGAGCCAGCAGCAGAGCCUGUCUCUCAGGACAGUCCAAUUGAUGCUGCACUGCUCCAGCUGCAGAAUGUAGCACGCACGCUCGCCUUCAACCACACAGCUCAUAGAAAAAACAAAGAUGGGAAAGUGGAAGAUGAUGGAGUGGUAUUACAACAAGCUCUCCGGGACAGAGAUGAUGCUCUUGCAAAGAAAAAAGCUAUGGAAUCAGAGCUUCUGAAAAGUAAGACAGAACUGAUGUUAUUGAACAACCAGUUACUAGAGGCUGUGCAGAGUAGGCUGGAUAUGGCCAUUGAGCUGGAGGCGUGGAAGGAUGAUGUGCAGACCAUCCUUCACCACCAUGUGUUGAGUCAGCAGCAAGCAGAACAAGCCCAGAAGAAGCCCAAAGGUUUCAGUGCACUCCGGCGCUCCAAACAAUAUAGCCCUGUCCAAUCACCAUCCCCCAGCCGAGCAUCCACUACAGCCUUCCAGUCCCCCAAUACACCAGUGGUCCAGCGCUGGAAAGAACGAUUGCGACGAGGGCGCACUCUUCGGCCAUCCUCGGAUACCUUUAACCAGUCAGUGAGCAGCAGCCCCAGUGGGUCUCAGACUCCAGGCAGCAUCAGUGAGGACAGUUUUCAAACAAUUUCUCUGACCUGAGCUUUAAGAUUGUUCCCACUUUUUAUUACAGUAUGUUUGAUUACUAUAAAAAAAGAGGUCAUGUCAUUAAUUUCUUGUUUUUUUUUUUAUGCAGUUCAUGUAAUUAUGUAUUUCCUUGCACUGAUUGGCACCAUUCCAAAGAAAUUACACUAGUUGCAAACUAGAAUUUUUUUUUUGAAAAAUAUGUUGUUGAAGUAUGAUGAACUUUU